GUCUGACAGCAGCCUGUGAGUGUCUCCUUACUGGGAUCCUUCUGGUACAGACGGAGUAUGGAGUCAAACAUACGAAUCCAGGAGGGCUAAUCAUGAACAUUUAGUUGGAAAAAUGGAGAAGGAUUCCGAGUCUUCAUCCUCCUCUGUCAGCACCACGGGUCCGUGCCCUGUCCUGAGGGGACCCUCACCAGCGCCUAAACAGAUUCCUUCUCCCCCUGCAGCUAGUAAAUCUGCUGCACCUUCUCAGCCUGACAAAUCAACAUCUCCAUCAAGUCCCAGAAAAUUAUCUGAUUUCUCUUCAUCAUCCACACAAGCUAUUCAUUUGGAUAAAUCAAAGCCAGAGUCUUUUGCUGAAUCUGUGUCCUCAGAACGUUGGUCUGGUGACAUAACUGAAAAACCUCAUCCAGGUUCGUCCAACACGUCUGUCUCCAAAACAACAAGUAUGUCAUCUUCUGCAAAGUUCAAAUCGACCUGUCCUGGAUCAUCUUGCUCUGGCUCCAACACUUCCCCCUCUGGAGCUGCUUCCACAAAACGCAGCUUUGCCUCUGUGGCUAAGCAGGUGAUAAUGCAGGAGAGACUCAGGAAGGCAGAGGAAGAGGAUGCAAAUGAUGAAGAAGAUGAUGAAGAACUAGAAGACCUGAGUGUGGAGCAGAUGGAGGAGAAGGCCAACACUGGUGAUGCCAGAGCUCAGAGCCGGUUGGGUCAGCACUUCUUGAUGCUUGCUGAAGAAAAAGACCCAGACCUCAACAACCGCCUGGCAGUUAACUGGCUAAUCAAAGCAGCUAAACAGGGAAGAAUGUCCGCAGCGAGACUUCUUCAGCGCUGCUGGAUCCAGAAAAAGGGAGUAACUCCAGAAAAUGAGGCUGACAUGCGCAAGUUGUCAAAAGAGGGCAAGUUUGAGCUGGCAGUACGCAAAGCAGCCAUGAUGAUGUACUGGAGGCUCAAUCCAGACAGGAAGAAAAAAGUGGCUGUCUCUGAGCUGCUCCAAAAUGUCAGCCAGGUGAACGCAGUGCCAGCAGGGGGCACAGCAACCAGAAUCCCUGCUCCUACUUCGGGCCAGACCCAGAAAAUAAUAGAGAGCAUGGUCAGCACUGAUGCUAAACAGGUGGUGGACCUGGAUGACUUUGUUGAAAUGACGAAAAAAUAUGCACAAGGCAUUGUCCCUACUGUCCCUCAAUAUGGAAGCCAGGACUCAUCAGAAAUUGAAAGUCCCGACCUGCUGGAUAGAAAAGGGAAGGACAAGGCAGGGGUAGUCCCUAAAGAACAUAAGAAGGUCCAGAAACAUUCUUGGAGCUUUGAUUACAGUGGGAUGCUGCCGGACGCCAAGCAUACAAAUGCCAUGAAGUCACACCUGAUGAUGCUGCAGUAUCCACUUCAUGCAGUUAUUGAGAUGAAGGAGCACCUGUUUGACUGGGCAUCGAGGGCAGGCGUCCAGUGGCUGAGCACGCUCAUCCCUACGCAACAUGUCAACGCCCUCAUUUUCUUCUUUAUCAUCAGCAACCUGACCGUUGACCUGUUUGCCUUUGUUAUACCCCUGCUUGUCUUUUACCUUUCCUUCAUUGCCAUGAUUAUCUGCACUCUAAGGAUCUUCCAGAGUAGCAAGACAUGGGAGAACUUCAAAGCCUUGACAUCCCUGCUGACUCGUUUCGAACCAGGUCUUGAUGUGGAGCAGGCAGAGACCAACUUUGGUUGGAACAACCUGGAGCAAUACCUUUACUUUAUCUUUUCCGUCUUUUUUGUCAUUUUCUCCUUUCCUGUCGCUGACAAGAAAUGGAUCCCUUGUUCUGAGCUCUCCACCGUGGCAAUUUUCUUCACAGUUCUCAGCUAUUACAGCCUCAGCCCAGCUGCAGCAGCAUAUGCACGUCGUGCAAUCUUCAUAGAGGUAGCCUCAAAUCUGUGUUGCCUGACACAAUUACUGCCAGAGGACAUGACAGGACUUCGUUUUCUUGGACACACAUUUACUACAGUGCCGCUUGGGGAGUCUGUGGUACUGAAGCUCAGCAUCCCCUGCCUUCUGUAUAUCUACCUUUUCUACCUGUUUUUCAGCAUGGCAAGAACCCGUGGAUUUCGGGGAACCUACUGCUUCCUGAUCCCAUAUCUUGUAUGCUUCAUGUGGUGUGAGUUUUCAGUGGUCCUCCUACAAAACUCCUCUGCUGUUGGAUUAAUCCGCACCUGUGUAGCAUACUUCCUCUUCCUGUUUGCACUCCCAGCUCUGGUGUUUGGCCUUGCCAUCAUGCUCUUCAUCCAGCUGUUUAAAUGGUUCAUAGAGCUAGAGUUGACAAAGAUGAUUGUGACCCUGGUGAUAUGUGCAAUUCCCGUCACUCUGCGGCUCUGGACACGAUUCAGCAUGUCUAUUUUGGAUGUUCUGCGCUCAUUUACGCAAUGGGGUCCAGUCAAAUUCAUCUUACUCUGCAUUUCCAUGGUGAUCCUGUUCUUCUCGGUAUAUGUAUACCAUGCGGAGGGACAGAAGGUGUACAACUCCACUCUGACAUGGAACCAGUACAGCCAGGCUUGUGGGCCUCCAGCCUGGGAAAGCAAAGGCAUGGCUCAGACUCAGAUCUUCUGCAGCCACCUGCAAGGGCACAGAGUCACCUGGACUGGACGCUUUAGACACGUCCGGAUUGCUGAGACAGAAAAUGGUGCGCAGUCUGUCAUUAAUAUGCUGCCAGUGUUUAUUGGGGACUGGAUGCGCUGCUUGUACGGUGAGACAUAUCCCAAGUGUGACCUAAAGAAUACAUCACUGGCAAACUCAACGGCAGUGGAAAAAGCAAACAGUUCUUUGUCAGGUCCAGUUUCUCUGGUCACACUGAUUAAAAUGCAAGAAGAAGAAGAGUUGUGUCAAAUUAAGGCUUUAGCCAAGCACACCUGUCACGUCAAGCGUUUUGACAGCUAUCGAUUUGAGGUGACGGUGGGAAUUAUCCAAGAUGGAAGCUCAGGAGCAGAGGAUGCAGCCAGAGAUAUAAUCCUCAUGGCCAGCAAUGAGUUUAGACAAGUUCUGCUCAAUCUGAAACCUGGUAACAUAGUAGAAUUCAGUACUAAGCUGGACGGACGUUUAGGAGCAAAGGCUCCGGCCUUUGAGCUCAAGGCUAUCCACUGCCUCGACUGUGCUUCUUCAUGGCUGACUGGAGGUAGGCAGGUGAAGAUCGAGAGAGACUUCAGGCGUACAACAGUUAGAGCCUUCAAGUUUGCAUUUGACUUUUUCUUCUCACCUUUCCUGUCAGCAGAAAUCCGUACCUGAGAUUAAACAGACAACAAGAAACCCGAAUCUUUUUUUGUGAAAGGAUUUUUAAAUAUAA